AUGGCCGAUGGAUUGAACGAUCAAAGAACUGCCCGGGUGGCAGAUCUUCUCUCCGACUUCCGCACUCUUCAAUACUACAUCGCUGCUGCUCCUACCGACCCGUCAAACAUGGAUGAUUACUACACUGAAGGAUAUGCCGCUCUUCGUCAAUGCUCCUUAGAUGGCCAGCAUAUCCUAAACUGUGCUGCUGAAACUCGAGUCCCACGAGUUCGCGGUGGUGCAGAUGAGCAAUCUAAAGCAGAAUUGCAACAGGUACUCCUGGAUGCGUUUUCUCGCCGUCACGAGGCUCAAAAGAUCUACCUUCGCCAAGGUGCGGCACAGCGCUGGAUCAGUUAUAGAGAUCAAGUGUUACAGGGCCAGAGACCUCAUACCGGGCACACGGAUCAAUUGAACGCAUGCGAUGUGCAGCUGCGAGCAGAAUUGGUAUCAAUCACAGAUGAGGCUAUCUACUCGGAUCUCAGGUCGUCCGAUUAUGGCAUGGGGCGCUGGACGCAAGAAGAUCCGAGCUUGAGACAUGUACAGAGAUGGGUUAGGGCUAGACGUUAA